AUGUCCAGACCAGAGGAAAUCGCCCCACCAGAGGUGUUCUAUAAUGAUACAGAAUCUUUUAAAUAUACCUCGUCUACUCGUGUGCAGCAUAUCCAGGCUAAGAUGACCCUUAGGGCUCUUGAGCUCCUUAACCUUGAGCCUGAUCAUCCUCACUUUAUUCUCGAUUUGGGAUGUGGUUCCGGUCUUUCAGGAGAAAUUCUUACAGAAGAAGGCUACAACUGGAUUGGUAUGGAUAUAGCCCCUAGCAUGUUGGCCUCUGCGCUAGAUAGAGAUGUGGAGGGAGAUCUCUUUUUGGCUGACUUGGGUAAUGGCAUUCCAUUUAGAGCAGGAACUUUUGAUGCCGUUAUCUCUAUUUCAGUUAUUCAGUGGCUAUGCAAUGCUGACACUGCUGGUAAUGAUCCAAAAAAGAGACUCUUGAGGUUUUUCAACACAUUAUUCGCAUCCAUGGUAAGAGGCGGCAAGUUUGUUGCCCAGUUCUACCCAAUGAACGAUACCCAAACACAGAACAUUUUAGAAGCUGCUAAGGUAGCUGGUUUUGCUGGUGGUUUGGUCAUAGAUGACCCACAAUCCAAGAGAAACAAAAAGUAUUACCUUGUGCUUUCUGCUGGCCAGUCUGAAAGAAACUUGAACCUCGCUGGAGCACAGAUGGAAGCCGAUAACAAGAACAAGAAGCUUAGCAGUAAGAUGAAGAAGAAGCUAGAGUCCAAUAAGGAGUACAUUAACAGGAAGAAGGAGCUUAUGAGGAGAAGAGGACGCACUGUUGCACAUGAUUCCAAGUUCACAGGAAGAAAGAGACCUGUCUAUGAACCACUUCCCAAGAAGAGAAACGGAGAAAGUAUUCUCAAAUUUUUGCAUAAAGAGUUGCUCAAGAAGCAUGAUCCUACGGGGAAGCGUACUGAGUUGGUCUCUCCAGGAGGCUUGAGAGCUGGAGAUGUGGUCAAAGUGACAUACAACGACAGAACUACAGUACUUGGACAACUCAUUGGUAUCAAAAGAGGUAACUACAACCUUGGUACCAAUCUUCACCUCAGAAACAAGAUGAACAAGAUCGGUGUGGAGAUGAGAGUUCCCUUGUACAACCCAAACAUUAAGAAUAUUGAGCUCGUCUCGCUGCCUAACAAAUACCCAUCGAGAAAGAAGCAUUACUACAUCAGAAACAACCGACUCGAUGUCGGUGACUUGGAGAGUGCUCCAAAGAACAAAUCGUCUUAG